AUGAAUUACAGUAACAUUGUACAUGCACCAAUCCAAUUUAAAUCUUUUAGUGAAAAUGAAUUUAGUACAAAUCUCAAUAUUAAAAUACAAGGAGAGAAUAUGGAAGGUGCAGCACGUCAUGCUCAAAGAUUAGCUGGAAAUUUUCUUGAAGAUAUGGAAGCAAUACAAAAAGCUUCUCGUGAAAGAGAUAGACGGGCGAUGAGUCAUUUUGAAACUAAUUCUGUGAGUUCAAAUAACAUUUAUCCACCGCCAAUGGAUUGGGUACCAAGACGUCGAAGUUUAAGCGGAACACCAUUUAGAACUAGCUGUUAUCCAAUGAUUUAUUAUUCUUCAACACAACUUCCCAGAAGAAGAUCACUUUGUGUUCCACGGCGUCGUUAUUCAUUUUCCACUCAGCGAAAUGCCUACACUGAACCUAACAAAGUCACUUUGGUUGGUAAAUCCAUGUCCAACUAUUCUGGUCCAUAUUUUGUGUAUAACAGUGCAGGCAGUAGUUUAUACCAAACUCCAGAAUCAAACGGUUAUUAUCGACCUCAUUUGAGACCAACGAUCUGGCGUGAUUAUGAAGUCAAUAGGCCUAUGAACAAUGAAAUUUUACCAACAUCAUACUUACAUGCUAGUUCACCGCCAAAACAACAUAUUUUAUCUCCGAAAGCUAAGGUCUAUCUGAAGUAUCGUUCUCUUCAAAAUUUAAGUAAUCUAUACGAUGGUGCAGAUGAUGAGAACGGUAUGCCACGUGUAAUCCAUACAUCAUAUAGCCGUAAUUUUCCACUGCAUACUAGUCGUUUGAGUUCAGUGCCACCGUCAGCAGUUGGGACGUAUCGUUCAACAUUAACUAGUACAGAUUAUGGAUUGCCACCUGUUGUACAUCGAAAUUACAGAACGAAUCGGUAUAUUUAUGAAACACCAUAUUAUACAUCAACAUAUAGUAAUAUUGAACCUAUAAGAACUACUUAUACAAGUAUUGGACCAAGACGAUAUACAUAUUAUUAUCCAUCAAUUGUUACUACAAGACCAUUGUCGAGUUCAGGUUCGUAUAGUAACUUGUCUAGUGAUAUGCAAGCUGAGCGUAGACGAAUUGAACGUCGUAUGGACGAUUUACUGGAAUACAAAUUGCCCUCACCUGAAUACUACAGGGAAAUGAGGGGAUCCCUACGUGCAUUGAAUGACAAAUUAGAUGUUCAUCGGAAAAUGCUUGAUCGUUACUCCGGAAUUGAUAUGAACGCUACAACUGCAUCAGUACAAGAUCGAAUUGAAUCAAAAUAUCAACAACUUGCAAGCAGAAUGGGCCGUCGAACCACGGCUAUGGGAAGGGAUUAG